CAAUUACUUAUGUGGUGCUGUAUAUAGUGCGAAUGAUAAAUGCUGCCUAGAAGCCCUGGUAACUGUCGUAAAACGGACGCUUCGCAGAUGAACAUCAUUUGUUACGAUAGAAUCAUUCGCUGCCUCCUACUAAGAUGGACCCGUCAUCCAUCAAACAGAAAAUGUAAAGUAUAUAACAAUCAGCUAUAUGAUGGACGGGCUAUAUAACUUAAAAAUAGUUUUUCGUUUCAAUUAUACAUGCAAGUGAUAUCAUAUGUAUACAAUGUAUCGCAAACAAUUUGAAGAAGUGCAAUGUGCAUGUAUGUAUAGUUAUGUUCUUUCUUUUACGACAAAGUGUACAUAGUAAUAAUCCUCGUACCUCACUUUUACUUUUUUAAAUAUGUUAAAAAAAGAGCAGAUCCUGACUAAAAUAGUACGAAGGGGCAAACACAUCGAAUAUUUUAAAAAAGUAGACAAUACAUACAAGCUGUCGCAGUCCGUUCAAUUCUUUUUCUCCCCGCCCUCUGCCAUCUGCUUGACGGAUAAAAUUCGCCGCCUAAAAAAAACCAACAACAUCGCCCAUUCGUUUUCUGAGACAAACACAAUGAUCCCAGCACGAUUGGUUCGUCAAACCGCCUCUGGAACCAAAUACGUGACGAUCCCAUCACCCUCAUCACUGUCGGCUGCUACUUCCAACACACCAACAAUAUGCUUCAUCCCAGGAUACCGAUCCGAAUUCAUGGCAUCGCAUAAAAGCCAUUUGGCGUAUGAUAUUGCCAGACGGCUCAGAUACAGAUUCAUGGCAUGGGACCAUCAUCCAGUUGAUGGAUCUGUUCAACAAUGGUACGAGGCCAGUUGCGAGCUUUUGGCAGCUGAAAUACAAGAUGGUGCUUCUGGAGACCGAAACAAUAAUGUCGUCUAUCUCAUCAGUUCCAGCAUGGGUACCUGGCUAUCCUUAUUACUUGCUCGGCGAUUCUCACAUAAUGUGCGCGGAAUAUUAGGCAUUGGCAGCGGUGUCGACUUUACCGAGAGAUGGUUACAAAAUGAAGUUCCUGUGGACCACCGGUGCGACCGUACAUAUGUAUGGAAGCGGCCCUCACAGUACGAUCCAUCGGGCUAUUAUGCAGUGCCGGUUGCUAGCUUGCUUGAUUCUCGACCAAUGUUGAUUAUGGACAAUGAUAGAAGAAACCUGCCGACACUGUCAAAUUGCCCCAUUACUUUGAUUCAUGGUGGUCAAGAUGUCGAUGUGCCGUUAUCACUUGCACAAGAUCUGGCGCGAGAACUACAAUUGCACGGGAACGAGGUGGUGCUGGAUAUAAUAGAAGAUGGAGAUCAUCGACUAUCGAGGCCACAUGACUUGCAGCGGAUAGGAAAACGGGCGAUCGGCAUGGUUGCAAAGGGGGAAACCCUCCACAAAAUGAAACCGUAGCAGAUAAUGCCAUAUUUGGAACCUUAUUC